UCCUGAAAUCACAGUGACUUCAGUUCACGCUCAUGUGAAUGCUAGGAGUAGCCACACUAAAGAAAAAAGAAACAAAGGUAUAUAGCAGAGUCAGAAGUAAGAGACAAAUAACAGCCAAAUGCUACCGAACAAUGAACACAGCAUAUUUCAAAACAGCAGGAUGGAGUUAGUGAAUUUACAAACAGAGCAACCUGUUAAGAAAAGCACACUUUUGAAAUACAAGAUACUAAGUGGAGUUCUCUUGGUUUCUUUGGUGGUUAUAUCACUUGGACUAGGUUUGGGACUAGGACUUAAACGUGAAGCUCAGGUGCAAGUCAGCUGCAGAAGCAGAUGUGAUGAAACAUUUAACAAAGAUCUGGUGGGUUGCCAGUGUGAUAGUGGCUGUAAAGAACGUCAAAAUUGCUGCUGGGAUUAUGAGGCUAUUUGCUUGGAACCAGUUCAAACUUGGUCGUGUACUAAACUCCGUUGUGGUGAGAGACAGAUAUCAGGAAGCCUCUGUUCUUGUUCUGAAGACUGCUUAGAGAAGAAAACCUGCUGUGUGAACUACAGAAGCGUUUGCAAAGGUGAAAUGAGCUGGGUGGAAGAAAAAUGUCCAUCACUUGAUAGUCCGCAGUGCCCAGAAGGGUUUGAUCUGCCACCACUUAUCCUCUUUUCGAUGGAUGGCUUUAGAGCCGAAUAUUUACAAACAUGGAGUUCUUUAUUGCCAAAUAUUGAAAAACUCAAGACAUGUGGCACACAUACAAAGUACAUGAGAGCUGUGUACCCCACCAAAACCUUCCCAAACCACUACACUAUUGUCACAGGUUUGUACCCAGAAUCUCAUGGCAUCAUUGACAACAACAUGUACGAUGUAAACUUGGACCAGAGUUUUUCACUUUCUGGAAACGCCAAAUUCGACCCCAUCUGGUGGAAAGGAGAACCAAUCUGGCUGACAGCAAUGAGCCAGAGUUUGAAGGCUGGCACCUUCUUUUGGCCCGGAUCAGAUGUUCUUAUUAAUGGAACAUAUCCUACUUUCUUUAGGAUGUACAACAAAUCUGUUACGUAUCAAGAGAGAAUUUCACAAAUACUGAAUUGGCUUGAUUCUCCCAAAUCUGAAAGGCCUGAUUUCUACACCUUGUAUAUUGAAGAACCUGAUUCUUCUGGACACUUGUUUGGACCAGUUAGUGCUGGAGUAAUUAAAGCCUUGCAGUUAGCAGAUCAGACAUUAGGAAUGUUAAUGGAAGGAUUAAAACAGCAGAAUCUGCACAACUGCGUAAACCUCAUUGUUUUAGCUGAUCAUGGGAUGGAAAAGACCUUCUGCAACAAACUAGAAUACAUGACGGAUUAUUUAAAUAAAAUUAAUUUCUACAUGUAUAUGGGGCCCGCAGCUCGCAUUCGGGCUUACAGAGUUCCAGAGGACUACUUUACUUUUGAUUCUGAAGGAAUUGUUAAAAAUCUAACAUGCAGAAAGCCCAACCAGCAUUUCAAGCCCUACUUGACACCCAACUUGCCAAAGCGAUUCCAUUAUGCUUAUAACACUCGCAUCGACAAAGUUCAUCUUUUGGUUGACCGACAGUGGCUGGCUGUUAAGAAUAAAAAAUAUACAUUUUGUGAUGGAGGCAACCAUGGCUAUGACAAUGAGUUUAAAAGUAUGGAGGCCAUUUUCUUAGCAUAUGGUCCGAGUUUCAAGGAGAAAACUGAAGUGGAGCCUUUUGAAAACAUAGAAGUUUACAAUCUAAUGUGUGAUCUGCUGCAUAUUAAACCCACACCAAACAAUGGAACACAUGGCAGCUUAAACCAUCUUUUGAAGAUACCCUUUUUCAAUCCAUCAUUUCCACAAGAAGUGUCAUCACCUUCUUCAUGUCCCUUUACCAGUACAGUUCCUUUAGAUAAUUUAGGGUGCACAUUUCCCUCAGUGGGAUUGGAAUUGAUAAAUCAACAGUUAAAUCUCAGCACAGAAGAAAUGAAGAAGGCGGAGACUUAUCAUUUGCCCUAUGGGAGACCCCAUGUUUUACAGAAGCAAAACAACUACUGCCUCCUUUACCAUCAUGGGUACGUGAGUGGAUACAGUCACACCAUCUGGAUGCCACUGUGGAGUGCAUACACUAUCAAUAAAACUCAGGGAGAUGUUUCUUCUCUUCCUCCCACUGGCUCCGACCGUCUGCGGGCUGAUGUUAGAAUCCCUGCUGCUCAGAGCCAAAAUUGCUCCAGCUACCAGCCUGACCUGAAUAUCACCCACGGUUUCCUUUAUCCUCCCAACUACAACUCAACCGCUUCUGAACAAUAUGAUGCUUUACUUACCAGCAAUAUUGUCCCCAUGUAUGCCCAAUUCAAAAAAAUAUGGAACUACUUGCACGAUGUGCUGCUCCUAAAGUAUGCUGCAGAGAGGAAUGGACUGAAUGUGGUUAGUGGACCAGUAUUUGAUUACAAUUAUGAUGGCCAUUUUGAUACUCUUGCUGAAAUUACAGAGCAUGUCAAAAACACAGAAAUCCCAAUCCCAACCCAUUAUUUUGUGGUGCUGACUAGCUGCAAGAACCAGUCCACUACUCCACUGAAUUGCCCAGGCUCCUUGGAUGUUUUGUCUUUUAUCAUUCCUCAUCGACCUGACAAUAGUGAAAGCUGUGCUGAUAAUCAACCAGAGACCCAGUGGGUUGAAGUAAGACUUCAGGCUCAUGCAGCACGUGUCCGAGAUGUGGAGCUUCUAACUGGGCUUGACUUUUACUGGAGCCAGCCCCUCCCUGAGAUCUUACAGUUAAAGACAUUUUUGCCAACAUUUGAGACUGAAAUUAACUGAGUACGUGCCAAAUGCUACUAAUUUGGAAAAAUAAAUCUAAGUAAACUGGCCUUUUCUUUGCUAAUGGAUUAUGCAGGAAACAUUACUAGAGCUCUUCAGGUAAUGAAGAGAAGACAGCAGAAGCCAUCACUUUAUUUUGCUUUUUCUCCAAUUUCAAAUUUUUCUGUCAUUUAUUUACCUUUAAAUUGUGCCAAAUGGUCAACUCAAGGCAAAUUUGUCUCCUCACCUCUGAGCCAAGCUUUCAGUAUAGAGAAGAUUUUAUAUCCAUGGAUCUCUAAAAAAUGCAAAUGAUCUAUCUUGUAGAUUCACAAUAAAAAAUUACUGAAGUGGAGAACUUGGCAUUUUAAAACUUAAGGAAAAAUAUCUCUGCAGUGAAGACCGAAAGGAAACCCAGUUUGUGUAGACAGUGUUUUUCCCAGUUGCGUUUGUCAGGAAAUAUUCUGGUUGUCUACAAUUGCUCUGCUGACCAUCCCUUAUCUCUUCUGUGAUUUCACAUUGACUCUCAAACAAUCUGAAUAUGGAUUUUAUACGCUUAAGAUAUCAGCUUAUUUUUUUAUCACAUGAGUAAAUGCCUCACACCUGCACUUUAAAGACAUAAAAUUAUAAUAAAUGGUCUUUUUCCAUAGCA